CCACCUACCUCUCAAAAUCCCCCUUUCCCUUCCAUUCCAUUCCAUUCAUCGGAAAAUCCAUCAACAAUGGCUUUGGAAUGGGUGGUUUUGGGUUACGCCGCCGCAGCCGAAGCCGUCAUGAUCAUUCUCCUGACCCUCCCCGGCCUUGACGCACUCAGAAAAGGUCUAGUCGCCGUUACAACCAACCUCCUCAAACCCUUCCUUUCCGUCGUCCCCUUUUGCCUCUUCUUGUUAAUGGACAUCUACUGGAAGUACGAAACCAUGCCCAGCUGCGAAUCUCAGAACUGCUCUGCAUCCGAAAACCUCCGCCACCAGAAAUCAAUCAUGAAAAGCCAGCGCAACGCUUUACUUAUUGCGACUGCGCUAGUCUUUUACUGGAUCUUGUACUCUGUUACGAAACUCGUUGUUCGUGUUGACCAGCUCAAUCAGCGCAUUGAGAAGUUGAAGAACCAGGAGUAAGUGGUGGAUCCGUACCCUUUUGUGGGUAGAUUGAGAUAAGUUAUGUCUGGAUUUGAUUAAAAUAGACUCCUUCAGUGUUCUAUGAGUAUCCAUAUGUGUUGAAUAUUAUUCGAAUUUGAGGCUUGGUAAUGGUGAAUUCUACUAUUAGUACUGUUUAAAUGCUUUGUCUAAGAUCAUGUUGCCAGAGAGAUGAAAUCGAUUUGAUUUGUUAAGGAGAUAUACAUUGAGUUAGCCUUCGUUAUAUGUCACUUUAUUUGAACAAUUAAUUGAUGAUUUUUUCCC